AUGGGAAAUAUUUCGCAUAGAACCACACCUACGCAACCCUAUAAAACCCUCUCCAAACAACAAAGCACAGCUGAAACGUACCCCGAGUCAACCAACACCGUUGGGGCUCUCUCGAGGUACCCAGUAACCUCCACCAUGAACGGCGGCCACAGAGACGGCGAUAGUAAGAAUCUCCGCCGCAGUGAAACCUUGGACUUUCAAAACCUUAAGAUUUUAUCUGCCGUGGGACGCGGCGCCAAGGGCGUGGUGUUCUUGGCGAGGACGUAUGGCGCGCGUAGCGGGAGAUGGUUGGCGUUGAAAGUGGUGUCGAAGGCGUUGCUUCAGAAGAAGAACAAAAACAACGGCGAGUGCAAAAGGGUGUCGUUUGAGAGACACAUACUGCGUCAUUUCGAUCACCCAUUGUUGCCCAAGUUCCAUGGGGCAUUUGAAACAGAACAAAUCACUGGGUUCGCUAUUGAUUUUUGCCACGGUGGAAAUCUGCAUUCUCUUAGGAAAAAGCAAUCUGAGAAAACGUUCGCUGAAGAAACCAUAAGGUUUUAUGCAGUGGAAUUGGUGCUGGCAUUGGAGUAUUUGCACAGUUUCGGAGUAGUGUACAGGGAUUUGAAGCCAGAGAACAUCAUGAUCCAAGAAACAGGUCACAUAAUGCUCGUGGAUUUCGACCUCUCCAAGAAGUUAAACACAAAGUCCCCAAACUCACUGAGUUGCAACUCGUCACUCGUUUCUGACUCAGGAUCAGAGAAAGAGCGAAGGAAGCGAUGGUUCUCGCUGUUCAACUGUUAUAGUCAAUCAUUCAUACCCUCGGAUGAGUUGGAGAAUCAAUCCGACCGGAACUCGGCGCAUCGAAGCAGGGCAAACUCAGUGGAAAAGUCCAACUCGUUCGUGGGAACAGAGGAUUACGUGGCACCGGAAGUUAUAUCUGGCGAAGGGCACAACUUCGGGGUUGAUUGGUGGUCAUUAGGCGUUGUUUUGUAUGAAAUGCUCUAUGGUACGACGCCGUAUAAGGGCGCAAAUAGGAAAGAAACGUUUCACCGGAUUUUAACCAAGAACCCUGAUUUUACGGGUGAAACGACGCCGUUGAGGGACUUGAUUCAGAAGCUGCUUAAUAAAGAUCCAGAAUGUAGGAUCGAAGUGGAUGAAAUCAAGGGUCACGAUUUCUUCAAGGGUGUGCAAUGGGACACGGUCUUGCAAAUUGCGCGUCCACCGUAUAUUCCUCAGAACGACGUUGACGACACGACAGGGUUUUCAAAAAAAGAUGUGGAGUCCUUUGUUCAUGGAAUAUUUUUCCCAAAGACUAAAGGUGUCGAAGAGAAAAAUAAUGAAGCUGAGAAAACGAAGGAUGGGGUGCAGAAAGACGACGAUAAUAAUCACAAAGAUAAGGAUGCGUGGGUUGACAAGUUGAAUCCGAAUCGCACCACGGACGAAAAGUUUUUAGUUUUUUGA